GCGGGCGCUGUCGGCGUUGCGGGCCCAGGGCGACGGGACGUCUUCCCGGGGCCGACCUGUGUGCUGGUCCCGGAGUGACGGGUUUCCGACUCGGUCUCUCGACGGAGGCUCCCGCAGCCCGGCGGGCUUGGGCCUCAGAUUCAGUGGCAUCUCUCAAGCCAGUGGUAAAAGAAAGUUUAAGCGGAACCAAAAGGCAUUCGGCUUCUUGCUGAUUUACGGGAAAAAGGGUCUCACUGUGUAGUUCAGGCUGGUCUGGAACUCAUACCGACCCUCCUGUCUCAGCCUCGAGAGUGCAAGGAUUAGAGAAAUGUGUCACCACGCGUGGCCUCAAGCUCACAUUUUGUCUUCAGACGUUGAAAUGCAGUUGUCAAGUUUCUGUCUUUGCGCUUCAAUGUUAAUGGCCAUGAAAUCUCAAUAGUGGGUAAAGAGAUGUCUCCAAGAAAGCGACUGUCAAAGGCCAGUGAAAAUCUUGAGAAGGAUGAAGACCAACGAAACUCUCCAGAGGAGUCCUUAGAAGCACUUAGAAAUGGUCGAAUUGACAUAAAACAGUUGAUAGCAAAGAAGAGACAGCUGGCAGUAGAGGCAGAGCAAUUGAAGCCACUUUUUUUGAAGGAAGUCGGUAGUCACUUUGAUGAUAUUGUGACCACUCUCAUUGAAAAAUCUGCCUCAUUAGACAACGGUGGUUAUGCUCUUACAACUUUUUCUGUUCUUGAAGAAAUGAAAAACGAACACAGAACUAAAGAUAUGAGAGCACCUCCGGAACAAGGAAAGAUUUUUAUUUCAAGACGCUCUGUCUUGGAUGAGCUGUUUGAAGUGGACCACAUCAGGACAAUAUAUCACAUGUUUAUUGCCAUCCUCAUUAUCUUUAUCCUCAGCACACUUGUAGUAGAUUACAUUGAUGAAGGAAGGCUGGUGCUUGAAUUCACUCUCCUGUCUUACGCUUUUGGCAAAUUUAGUAUUGUUAUUUGGACAUGGUGGGCCAUGUUCUUGACUACAUUGUCGGUUCCCUACUUCUUAUUUCAAUGUUGGGCCAAUGGCUACAGGAAGAGUUCUCAUCCAAUUAUUUCUUCUAUGGUCUGUGGCUUGUUUUUCACAUUCUUCCAGCUUGGGAUUCUAGGUGUGGGACCAACAUAUAUUGUAUUAGCAUAUGCACUGCCACCAGCUUCCCGGUUCAUUGUUAUACUCGAACAGAUUCGUUUGAUAAUGAAGGCCCACUCAUUUGUCAGAGAGAAUGUGCCAAGAGUACUAAAUGCAGCUAAGGAAAAGUCAAGCACAGUUCCAAUACCCACAGUCAACCAGUACUUAUACUUCCUGUUUGCUCCUACACUUAUCUACCGGGACAGCUAUCCCAGAACUCCUACUAUAAGAUGGCGUUAUGUUGCUAUGCAGUUUGCACAGGUUUUCGGUUGUUUGUUUUAUGUGUACUACAUCUUUGAAAGGCUUUGUGCACCGUUGUUUAGAAAUAUCAAACAGGAACCCUUCAGCGCUCGUGUCAUGGUUCUGUGUGUAUUUAAUUCCAUCUUGCCAGGUUUGCUGAUAAUGUUACUUUCUUUUUUUGCCUUUUUGCACUGCUGGCUCAAUGCCUUUGCUGAGAUGUUACGAUUUGGUGACAGGAUGUUUUACAAGGAUUGGUGGAAUUCUACAUCAUACUCUAACUACUAUAGAACCUGGAAUGUAGUAGUCCAUGACUGGCUAUACUACUAUGUUUACAAGGACCUGCUUUGGUUUUUUUCAAAGAGGUUCAAACCUGCUGCCAUGUUAGCUGUCUUCACUUUAUCUGCUAUAGUUCAUGAAUAUGCCCUGGCUGUUUGCUUGAGCUAUUUCUAUCCAGUCCUCUUUGUGCUCUUCAUGUUCUUCGGAAUGGCUUUCAACUUCAUUGUCAAUGAUAGUCGGAAAAGGCCGAUUUGGAACAUUAUGGUGUGGGCUUCCCUUUUCUUGGGCCAGGGAGUGCUUGUUUGCUUUUAUUCUCAAGAAUGGUACGCACGUCAACACUGUCCUCUGAAAAAUCCCACAUUUCUGGAUUAUGUCCGGCCACGUUCCUGGACUUGUCGAUAUGUAUUUUAGAAGACUGGCCUUUUAUUUCUUUCUUUGUCACUGAAGAUAUGAACGUUCUGCCUGAUUCGGGGCCAUCCUGUUUCCAGCUGUUACUGAAGUUGGGACCACUCCAGCCUUCGCAGCACAUUGUGACUCAUUCCAUUCCUAGUCCACCUGAAGCUGGGUUGUUCAAAGCCCACUGAAUUUCUUGUAUUCUUUUUCUUCUUCUUAACUUUAUCUUUUUUGGGAGAAGGGAGACUUGUAGCUGAGGUUAUGACAGAUUUUUUGCUGGGUCAUCUCAUCUUAAACCCUGGUUAUUGUCUGUUUCAUGACUCUCCACUCAAAAUCUAAACAUUCAUUUUUUUUUUUUUUUUUUUUUUUGGCCAGUGAAUUAUCGAAAAACACUUAGGAAGAGUAAAAUCAGUAAGUGCAUCUAUCUGCCUUAGAAUUUUUUUCUAUGCACACGGUUGGACGUUAUGCUAAUUAAACAUGCAAUUGGAGAAGACAAAUAACAUGUAACAGUUUUUGCUAUUUCUAGUAGAAAGGGAAAGUAAUCUAUUUUCCAAAGAUAAUCUCAUUGUGUACCUUACUUUGAAUUGCUUUUAAAGUUCAAAUCUAUUCAGCUUUUUUUCCUUCUCUGUGCAAUUUAGGCCACAAUUUUUGUGAAGCAAUUAACUGUCUUUUCCCUUGAAUUCUUGAGUUUGUAUCUAUAGUAAUAAAUAUAUUGAGGAGGGGGUCAGUAGGAAGGGAAAAUGAAGUGCACAGGAUAAAAAAAAUUUUGCUCUUACAACUUCUAAAUAAUUUUUUAAAAGAUUUGCUGAGUUAAUUAUGUGUUCAAACUAAUUUAUCAUGUAAUUUACAUAGAAGAUUUUUUUAACUUAUUUGAAGUUAGAAGUAUGCUUUGGUACAGUUAUUUUAUUGUCUAAUAAAUACUGACUUCAAUUAUUUUGCAGACUAGUGAGUCUGUAACAUAAGAAUUAAUCACUUUCAUUAAUAUUCAAGUAAUCAUUAAGGAUCCAGAAGCUGGCUUCUGAAUUAUUUGUUCAGUUGUUACGGUUUUAAUGGUGUGAUAUUUUUAGAUGAUACAAAUUAGGAUGUGAUUAUUUUAAGGAAAUUAGUAUAUGAUUAUUUUUAAGGGACUGUUCUGUUUGUGGUAUAUCCAGGUUAUAAGAUACCCACUCUGAAUACAGGGUGGGAGGUAGGGGUUAUUUUGUCUGUCUGUAUGAGGUAUGCUUAUGUUUGUAAAGACUGCGCUAGAAGGGAUGUCAGAGACCAUAUUAAUCAACUUUCUACCCAAAGAAGUGAGAUUUAUGAAUUAUUCAAAGUUAUGCCUAAUUGGAGCAGCUACUUGACUUUUUUGGAUUUGGGAAGUUUUGCAGAAUUUUUUUUAAAGACAAUUAGAGUCUCCCAAGUAGAUAAUCUAGUUUUGUAAUAACCACAUGUAAUGUGGAUCACAAGCAUCUGGCUGAAUCAUCCUUUUUAUUCACCAUACCUUUGAUCCAGAUAGCUGAGGAAGUUUUAAACAUCAACAACACACAUGCGCCCCAAGAGGGGUUAUUUUUAAAUGGAUAUUCUGUUGUGUCUCCAGUAAGUAUAUUCUGCACAGUACCAUAAAUGGAGUAAAGCUGUAACUGCCAACAGCAUUCUGGCAUUUUUUUCCUGAAAAUUAGGAUGAGUCAGUCAUUUGAAUUUAACUACUUUUGAAAAAUAAUGAAAAAAUAAAUAGUUCUAAGAGUUGGUUAUGAAUUAGCCAAUCUUUUGAAGCAAGAGAAUGGAAUUUUUAGGGGUAUAUUUCUGUUACUAUUAUAAAUGUGCAUUCUUAUGAGAGGACUUUGUUCUAUAGUGAUUCUGAAUACUGUAUUUGUUGGACUGAUGCAAGGAUUUUUUUUUUUUUUUUUUUGUCUUUUUCCUUUAUAUCGGUACCGGGGAUCGAACUCACGACUGCCUGCUUACAAGGCAGGCGCUUAUGACGCUGAGCUAAACCUCCAGCCCCCUAUGCAAGGUUUUUAAAAAAAAUUUUUUUUUAAUGUAUUACUGGGGAUUGAACCCAGAAGCAUUCUAACAUUGAGCUACAUUCCUGCUCCUUUUAUUUCAUUUUUUAAAUGUUUAUUUUAUUAUUUUUUCUAAAGACAAAUUCUCACUGUGUAGUUCAGACUGUCCUUGAACUCACAGUGAUCCUCCUACCUCAGCCUUCUAAGUGCUGGUGUUACAGGUAUGUACCACCACGCCUGGCUACUCAGUUUUAAUUUUGAGAUAAGGUUUUACUAAAUUGCCAUUCUGGGCUCAAAUUUAAUAAAUAAAUUUAAUAAAUUUAAGCUUCGUGCUUCAGCCUCUCUAAAUUCCGGGAUUAUUGGGAUACAGCACUGCACGCUUUUGAUUAAAGCCGUAAAUAAAUAAAUAAAUAAAACCUGUU